GAGAGAGAGAGAGAGAGGGAAUCAUGCCAGGGUGUAGCAGCUUUCCAGUGAAAACUGUGCACUCUUUUUUGUUUGGACGUCUUCCCGCGCAGCGAGCAGCAGAGAGAAAGUGUGUGUGAAUAAGCAGCCGAGCCUGACAACAGCAGUACAUCAUGAAGUCUCAGCAGAAAUGCAUCGUGAUCUUUGCUCUCGUGUGCUGCUUCGCCGUCCUUGUGGCGCUGAUAUUUUCAGCCGUGGACGUGUUGGGAGAAGAUGAAGACAUCCUAAACGACGAUAACUGCAGCGAUGUCUGCCAGGUGAUGCUUGUGGAAAAUAUCCCGAAGGACAUCUCCAUUUCUCAUGAGGGCACGACAUCACUGACCGACGGACUCUAUGGCCUUCUGAAACUGGCUCAGAAAUCGGUGGAGAUUGUGUCACCAUGGUGGGACCUAAACUCCACGGAGCAGGGUCGACUGUUACUCCAUCAGCUGAUGGGUCUGAAGGCGCGGCAGGUUCAGCUGAAGGUGGCGAGCGGGAUGCCGCUGUCUCCGGACCUCGAGCUGCUCUCUAAUUACGGUGCAGAAGUGCGUGAUCUGAACAUGGAGGCCCUGACCAAAGGCGAGCUCCGGUCCUCCUUCUGGGUGGUGGACAAUAAGCACAUGUACAUCGGGAGCGCCGCUAUGGACUGGAGAUCUCUGUACAUGCUGAAGGAGCUCGGCGUGAUCGUUUAUGGAUGCAGAUGUUUGGCUGUGGACCUGCACAGGAUCUUCAAUCUCUACUGGCAGCUGCAGUACAAAGACUAUGUCCCGUCGAUUUGGUCCAAGAGGCUGAGCGCCCUCUACAGCAAGGAUGAGCAUUUCUCAUUUCAGCUCAACAGCUCCCAGGCCAAAGCUUACUUCUCGAGCUCUCCAAACAUAUUCCGCCCCAAAGACCGGACCACGGAUAUUGAAGCUAUUUACCGCGUCAUUCAGGACGCCAAGCGCUUCAUCUGCAUAUCCAUGACGGAUUAUCUCCCUCUCCUGAUCAGCAGCCCACAGAAUAAGUACUGGUCACGUUUGGACGGCAUGCUGCGCGAGGCUCUGAUGCUGAAGCGCAUCAAAGUGCGUCUGCUGGUAAGCUGCCGAGAGCAUACGCACCCGCUGACCUUCAACUUUCUGUGGUCUUUACAAAGCCUGUGCGUACAGACGCCCAACUGCUCCAUGGAGGCGAGGUUCUUCAGUCCUCGAGUGCGAGAUGACGGUUCUCCUCAAGGCAUCCACCAUCACCGAUACGUGGUGACUGAUAACUCAGUGUAUAUAGGGAACCUGGACUGGGUCGGGAACGAGUUUGUGUUUAACGCAGGAGCCGGACUCGUGGUCAGUGAGCCGGGGGGAAACUCUGCUCUGGCGGAGCGGCUAAAAUCCGUGUUUGAUAGAGACUGGCAUUCGCAGUACGCUAAACCUCUGCAGCCCAACAAGAUUCCCACCUGCAGCUCGAGCGUGGCUGGGUUUAAAGGUCACACAGAGGACACAGGAAGUCCCAACGCCUCUCUGUAAGAGCUGCUGGCAUCAAGCACUGACUCACUGAACAGAGUCAUUAUUCAUGCCAUCUCUGCACUUUGUAAAGUAAAUUAUUUAUUUCUCGCUAUUUUAAGCAAUUUUUAAAGAAGGUUGAAAGUUUUUUUUUUUCAGAACAAACCUCAGUGCUGAUCAUCAAGCUUGAAACCUGCCUGAUUAUGUUUAAAUUUAUGUUUUUUAGCCUUGAACAUACGUAGUCUUUUAAAUAUUUAUUUCUGACAAUGUACAAUCUCCAUGAAGAAGGGAAAAAAAACUUUUAUAACCAGUAUAAAAGUAUUUCUGUCAUUACAACAAGAGAAAGAAAAGCAAUCGGAUAAAUAUAAUCCAUAGAGAUAUACAACACAUUACUUACUGCAUGACUUUACUGCAUCUGUGUCUCACUUUUUUGUUUUGUUUUUAUUUAAUUUGAUUUGUUUAUCAAUUAAUCUAUUUGUUUGUUUUUUUGUUUUUAAUUGACAUGUUUGUUUAUUCACCCACUCUUGUAUUUGUUUGUUUAAUCCUGA